AUGCGGAGACAUACAGCAAGGUGCUGGGAGGGGCUGGCCAAGGACUCAGGAGGCCGGGCCCCGCCGUCUACCAUCUGCGCCUCGGAGACCCAGGAAGCCUACACACUACACCCUACUCCCUACACACUACAGCCUACACACUACGCCCUACAGCCAACACACGACAGCCUACACACUACGCCCUACACCCUACACACUACAGCCUACACACUACGCCCUACGCCCUACACACUACAGCCUACACACUACGCCCUACGCCCUACACACUACACCCUACACACUACGCCCUACACCCUACACACUACAGCCUACACACUACGCCCUACACCCUACACACUACAGCCUACACACUACGCCCUACGCCCUACACACUACAGCCUACACACUACGCCCUACGCCCUACACACUACAGCCUACACACUACGCCCUACAGCCAACACACGACAGCCUACACACUACGCCCUACGCCCUACACACUACACCCUACACACUACGCCCUACGCCCUACACACUACACCCUACAGCCUACACACUACAGCCUACACACUACGCCCUACGCCCUACACACUACAGCCUACACACUACGCCCUACACACUACAGCCUACACACUACGCCCUACGCCCUACACACUACAGCCUACACACUACGCCCUACACACUAUGCCCUACAGCCUACACACUACACCCUACACACUAUGCCCUACAGCCUACACACUACAGCCUACACACUACGCCCUACGCCCUACACACUACAGCCUACACAGUACGCCCUACGCCCUACACACUACACCCUACACACUACGCCCUACGCCCUACACACUACAGCCUACACACUACGCCCUACGCCCUACACACUACAGCCUACACACUACGCCCUACGCCCUAUGGGCAGGAAGCAGCUUGGGUCCCAGGGCUCCUCAUCUGCUCAUGUCACCACACCCACGCUCCUCCUCCACUUCAAGCCUCAACCUCUUAGGAGCUGAAAACAGAGCCCUGGAGCCAAACCCCAUGACACACCAGCCAGUGUGA